AACCAAUCAUCCGUUUCGUCAUCCUCUCGCGCUCCAUCCCUCGCCAUCACUACCAUCAAAACCAAAGGGAGUGGAAAACGUGCUUUUGACGCGCCUUCUACAAGAGGAAUCUGAUACUUUAAUUAGAGCUCUCUUUUCUAUGAUACAUAUUUAUUAUUAAAAGCCGUACAUGUGUCGGGGAGCUGUUCUCUCUCAGCAGCAAAAUGCCUGUGAGACGCGGUCAUGUUGCGCUCCAGAACACCUACCUGGACACGAUCAUCAGGAAAUUCGACGAGCAAAAUCGCAAGUUUCUGAUUGCCAAUGCCCAGAUGAAGAACUGCGGCAUCAUCUAUUGCAACGAAGGCUUCUGCCAGAUGUUUGGCUUUGCCAGGGCAGAGAUCAUGCAGCAGCCCUGUACCUGUCAGUUCUUGGUCGGCCCCGGCACCAUGAAGAGCGCCCUCGCCCAACUGGCACAGGCUCUGCUCGGCUCUGAGGAACGCAAGGUGGAGAUCCUCUACUACGCCAAGGAAGGGACGUGCAGACGGUGUCUUGUGGACAUUGUUCCCGUUAAAAAUGAGGAAGGCGUUGUCAUCAUGUUCAUCCUCGACUUCCAGGAGCUGAUAGAUCGUUCUCUGAAGAAGUCAGGCCUGAGGCAGAGAGUCACCCAAGGAUUGAUUUACUGUCAGAAUCGCAGGUUGAAGAUGAGGCUACCGGUGCUGCGCUCCAUGAGAAGGUCUUCACUUUCAAAAGAUCAGUUUGAAGGUGUGGUUGUGGACUACCUGCAGCCAAACAGCGAGGAGGUCCCUCUCAAAGAGUUUCGGAUCCCGUCUAAAGAGAGCUGCAUGCAGUCUGAGACGGAGGCUCUAAUCGAAGAGGACCGGGACCAUCCCUUCCCUACAGCCCAGUCCUCCACCGCGCAGCGCUCUCUGCUGACAGACAGGCUGGACCCUGGCAUCCCCUUCCCAAGGGGAGCGUUACCUCGGAGCUGUUCUCGGGACAGUGUCCGCAGCCUCCGACGCGCCUCCUCGUUGGAUGACAUUGAUGGCAUGAGAGCAGAGUGGAGCAUCGGACCCGGAGACCCCCGAGCCAACAGCAAUCUAAAGCCCAGCACUCUGAACUCCACGUCCGACUCAGACCUAAUGAGACACAGGACAAUCAGCCGGAUCCCUCAGGUGACUCUCACCUUUGGCUCGGACCGCAUGCGGCCUCCCUCGCCCACCGAGAUUGAAAUCAUCGCUCCGAGCAAGAUUAAAGACCGGACCCAGAACGUCACAGAGAAGGUCACUCAGGUCACGCAGGUUUUGUCUCUCGGUGCCGACGUGCUGCCAGAGUACAAGCUCCAGGCUCCCCGCAUCCACAAAUGGACCAUCCUUCACUACAGCCCCUUCAAAGCGGUGUGGGACUGGGUCAUCCUGCUGCUGGUUAUCUACACGGCCAUCUUCACGCCGUACUCGGCCGCCUUCCUUCUCAACGAGGUGGAGGAGCCCUGCGGCUACACCUGCAACCCGCUCAACGUGGUCGACCUGGUGGUGGACGUCAUGUUCAUCGUGGACAUCCUCAUCAACUUUAGGACCACCUACGUCAACCACAACGACGAGGUGGUCAGCCACCCGGGACAAAUCGCACAGCACUACUUCAAGGGCUGGUUCCUCAUCGACAUCGUGGCUGCCAUUCCCUUCGACCUGCUCAUUUUUCGCUCAGGGUCUGAAGAGCCUCAGACAACCACUCUGAUAGGACUUCUGAAAACUGCCAGACUCCUGAGGCUCGUCCGAGUGGCCAGGAAGUUAGACCGCUACUCAGAAUACGGAGCUGCCGUUCUUUUUCUCCUCAUGUGCACCUUUGCCCUCAUCGCUCAUUGGCUGGCGUGUAUCUGGUACGCAAUCGGCAACGUGGAGCGCACUGGCUCGGCCCGCAUCGGGGGAAUGAAGAUCGGGUGGCUGGAUAACCUGGCCGAGCAGAUCGGAAAACAGUACAACGACAGUGACACCGCCUCGGGCCCCUCCAUCAAGGACAAGUAUGUCACAGCUCUGUACUUCACCUUCAGCAGUCUGACCAGUGUGGGCUUCGGAAACGUCUCGCCCAACACCAACCCGGAAAAGAUCUUCUCCAUCUGUGUCAUGCUUAUCGGCUCUCUGAUGUACGCCAGCAUCUUUGGAAACGUGUCGGCCAUCAUUCAGAGACUGUACUCUGGCACGGCUCGGUACCACACCCAGAUGCUGAGGGUCAAAGAGUUCAUCCGUUUCCAUCAGAUCCCUGGAGGCCUGAGACAGAGGCUGGAGGAGUACUUCCAACACGCCUGGUCCUACACCAACGGCAUCGACAUGAACGCUGUUUUAAAAGGCUUCCCUGAGUGUCUGCAGGCUGACAUCUGCCUCCAUCUGAACCGGAGUCUCCUACAGCACUGCAAAGCCUUUCGAGGUGCCAACAAAGGCUGCUUGCGGGCUCUUGCCAUGCGUUUCAGGACCGCCCACGCUCCUCCUGGUGACACUCUGGUUCACAGUGGGGACAUUCUCACCGCCCUCUACUUCAUAUCCAGAGGCUCCAUAGAAAUCCUCAGGGACGAUGUGGUGGUGGCCAUACUAGGAAAGAACGACAUCUUCGGGGAACCCAUCAGUGUGUAUGGGAGGCCGGGCAAAUCCAGCGCUGACGUCAGGGCUUUGACCUACUGCGACCUCCACAAGAUCCUGAGAGAUGACCUGCUUGAAGUGCUGGACAUGUAUCCCGACUUCUCUGACAUGUUCUGGAACAACUUAGAGAUCACCUUCAAUCUGAGAGAUGCAGAUAGAAUAAACCAGACAUCUCCUGGCAAGGACUCUGAAUGUGGCUACCGCCGGGCAAGGCAUCGGAGAAGCUCCCUGCGGCGCCGAAAUCGACCAGACGGCAUGGACCGUGACGACUCUUAUCCUGACCAGUCCUGUUUGAUGGGAAACCACCAUCAGGGUGUGACGACCGGAUCCCACUGGGAUGACCUCUGCAGCAGCCCCAGUAUCUGCUCACAGUCGAGUGAUGAGGAGAUGAAGCCCAUGGGACAAAGUAAGGUGGAGCUGUACCCCCCCGGCAGUGACACCAGAGACUACCCCCCUGCAGUGGUCAACCUCCUGCCUCACAGCGGACCCUCGGCUGGAAUGGGGCCGCCUGUAGACCUUGGAGGGCCACCAUACUCAGCAGCGGCACCAAUCCGCAUGUCGGGCCUUUAUGGCUACUGGCCAGACCGCAGGGCCAGUCAGUUCUCGGAGAGCCAGAGACGAGCCUCCUCGCUCAGGGCCGGUUUCCACCCUCCACCCUGCACUGAGGAUCGGCCUAGCGAGCUGGAGUCCAGGCUGGAGCUGCUGCAGUCCCAGCUAAACAGGCUGGAGACCCGGAUGACAGCAGACAUAAACGUGAUCCUGCAGCUCCUCCAGAGGCAGAUGGCCCCAGUGCCUCCAGCCUACAGCGCCGUCUCCCCGAGCCCUCACCUGCCUCACCCCACCACCCUGUACGCCACAGGAGCACCCACAAUCCACACCGUCCCCCCAAUCCAGUCGGUACAGAUGGACAGCACUGCCUCUCUCCUACAGAGUCCAGACUCUGACUUCAAGCACAAAUCCAAGGACUCGCUUUCCAGUGGGAUCCACCUCACCGUGGCCUCUGAUGACACCGUGUCCAUGUCGCCAGAGACCGACCCUCCCCUUCUACCAUCCAUGAACCUCACCCCUCCUCAAGCUCUUCCUGGACUGAUGUGUGGCAGUCAGCGUUACCCCUCCCUCCCUGAACACCUGGAGACCUCGACAGAGAUGCAGGAGAUCCAGAGGCAUGUCUCUGACCCCAUCCUGCCCGGCAGCUAGAACCACAACUACCACCAACACCACCUAAAAAAAAAAAAGCCUGAUCCUUUCGGAUGGGAUAGCCAUAUGUUCUCCUCUUUGCUACAUCCUUUAUCCUCCUUGGAAAACGCCCCUCCGUCCUGUUCAGAUACUGCUGUAGAACGUGGGACGUCUGAGGGUUCAGAGUGCCUCCUCAGUCUAAGUUUUGGACUCUGUUGCAUCUUCACAGGCUGCUGUGAUUUUAUGCUCCAGCAUCCCUUCACUCAUGUGCAAUAAAGAGAUUAUUCCUGCCCAAUAGGGCGGGGUGAUGGUUAAACUUGAGAUACCAGUUAACACACAUUUAAUGAACUUCUGUCAUGCAGUCACUGAAUCACCCCAGAACAAGGUUUCAUUAAAAAUAGCUGAAAAGUCAAGGACUACUACUAUAUCUGUAUGCGUUCACUUUGUAUCAGGAUUAGACUUUAGAUUAGAAACAAAUCUAUUAUUUUGAAGUGAAUUUAUUUUCCAAAUGUUAGAGAUAUAUCUGUUGUGUAAAGAAUGAUAAAUCUAGUUUUAUGAGUUAAGAGAUUCACUAUUUUUUACGUUGGUGUAUGUAAAAGAUAUCAAAAGGCAUGACAGAGUUGGGAAUGAUGUCGGUGGCCAUUUUGAAAACAAUAGUUUUCAUCUCAUAUUUCAAUGUCAAGACAUUUUUUUUUGACACGAGUCAGCAGUUCUUUUUGUUUGUGUUAUUGCAUCACGAGACGGUAGAACACAAUCGCGCAAAGCAGAAAAACACCAUUCUUGUACACUUAGGACGUAGCCCUUUAUUUGGAAAAUAACUGCUUUGCUCUGGUUUGCCCUGUUUUUGUGUCUGUAGAUCUUCCACUCAAAUACAAUGACGAGCGGGCUCACAUGGUUUCAUGAGGUACCUCGUGUGUUUUUUUCUUAAAAGUGCCAACAUUAGAGGAAUUCUUGCCUAGAUUCACAUAGACUGUGGUAUGUAAAGAGGUGAAGUGAAACACUGCAUAGAGUUGUUAAGUGACAAACUGUAAGAUGAUGUCACAGUUUCAUCCACAAGGUGAAUGUAAUGACUUUGUAACAUUUCUUAUUCUCUGUAUAAUGGUUCUUAAGCACAAAUACCUGUUAUUUAUCUUUUCUGUUUUUUUUAGAUUAAAGACACACUACAGUCA